AUGAUUGUUUACAUCGUUCUAUUAACGAUUUUCAUUAUAUAUAUUGCAUUAUCAUUUAUUUUACUUCGUAAGCCAACUUAUCUUCAUAAACGACGUCGACCUGUAUUUAUCGCUCGAAAUAUAGCUCAUAGAGGAGGUGCUGCUGAAUCUAUUGAAAAUUCUCUACAUGCAUUUGAUACAGGGCUGAAAAAUGGGGUGGAAAUGCUUGAGUUAGAUUGCCAUUUAACCAAAGAUAAUCAAGUUGUUGUUCAUCAUGAUUUUUCCAUAGAGAGAACUACAGGUGACGAUCGGUUUAUUCGAGAUAUUGACUACGAUGAUCUACCAAGUAUUAAUAAUAAUAUAGAACUUUAUUAUGAUUCAAGCACAAUUAUUUCCUGUGAUAAGAAUCCGGAGAGUGAAGCAUUGUUGCGUAUACCAUUAUUAAAAGAUGUUUUUGCACGUUAUCCAACAAUACCAAUUAAUAUCGAUGUUAAAGCAAAUAACGAUGAACUUAUUCAACAGAUUUCAAGACUAACUCAAGAAUAUCAACGAGAAAGUUUAACGUAUUGGGGUAGUUUCAACCAUGGUACUUGCCGAAAGUUGACUGCUGAAAAUCCACAUAUUGUUCGUUUUUGUUCAUUGAAAGAAGUAGCAGGUAUUGUUAUUGCUUAUUGGCUUGGUUUAUUACCAUUUAUAUCGAUAAAAGCUGGUGCCUUUGAAAUACCUAAUCCCGGCGAAGUUUUUCAGAAGGCAACAAAGAAUUUAAACUGGAAAUUUAAAAUAUUACUUCGUAUUGUUCAAGGUGCAUUGAAUAAUAAAACAAUGUUUGUACAUUUACAACGACGUGGCAUUCCUGUAUACGUUUGGAUAUUAAAUAAUGAACAAGAGUAUCAACAUGCUUUUGAACAAAUGUCUGUUACCGGUGUAAUGACUGAUUAUCCAAGAGAACAAGAAGAGAAACUCAAAGCAUUAUUUAAAAGUGCUGCUGAGAAAGUUCAAAAUGGUAAUGCAACAAUAAAACAAUUAUUCAGAAAAUUACGUGAAGGUCUUCUUCUAGCUGAACAAGGACGUCAGGGAUUUCUUGGUGAAUUUGAUCAAAUUCUUCAACCGAACCAACGUGCUCGUUUUCUCCUUCAUCUUGUUCAACUUGCUAAAGAAUCAGGCAAACCGGUAGAGCAAUUAAUCGACAGUUUUCUUACACAAGAUGGUGCAAUCAACUAG